AUGAGCAUUCUAAAAUCUAAUAAACAUGUUUUACGUAAAAAAGUGAAACUUAUUAUUGCACAACUUAAUUCUGAGGAAAGAGAUAGACAAUCGAGAAAAGUAUUUGAAAAGCUAUGUUCUCUACCACAAUUUCAACAAAGUAGAAAAGUUUCAGUAUUUUUAAGUACAGAAUAUGAAAUUAAUACAUUACCUAUAUUAAAGCAUCUUUUUAAAACAAAAAAGGAAGUAUUUGUGCCUACAUAUAAAGGAAAGGAAAUGAAAAUGGUCAAAUUAUUUUCAAUGGAAGAAUACGAAAAUUUGGUAUUGACUAAAUGGAAUAUUAAACAACCAAAAUUUGAUGAAACCAGGGAAAAUGCUUUGGAAAAUGGUAAUUUGGAUUUAAUAAUCCUACCUGGUGUUGCAUUUACUAGAGAUGGGAAACGUUUAGGACAUGGGAUGGGUUACUAUGACUCAUUCUUGAAUGCUUAUGUAAAGGAACAAAAAAAACCAUACUUAAUUGCGGUGGCAUUUAAUGAACAAAUAUGGGAUGACAUACCUAUUUCAGAAAAAGAUGUAUCUGUGGAUCUUGUACUUACAGAAAAAUAAAUAUUUAUUGAUAUA